GCCGGCGCCCUGACGCCAUCUCAACAUUCCUCAUCAUACAACCACCUCUAAACGGUUUCCAUAACGGUACGUGACUUCAUCAAAACACCAACCCGGAACUAAUAGUUGUUCAAACAAAAGUAACAUGUGAAAUCGGCAACUCACCGCUGAAAUGAGUUCCAUCGGAGUCGUAGUGUUUCGUAACUCGCCGCUCGGCAAAGCGCAGGUGCUUCAAGAAUCCGUGAAUAAUGCUGUGAACAUCUCGAAUAAUGACGCCAAUCCGAACAUAGGUGAAAUUAUUAUCGUAAGAAAAAAACACAAGAUAACAUCUCCUAACACCAUUUCAGUGUCGUCGUUAGUGCGUGCAACUGAUUCCGUGCAUUCUAAUCUAGCAAAGAGACCGCGGUUUCGUGAAAACUUACCCGAGGAUACAACUAAAGCCCCAACUCCACUCGCUGUGGCUCGACGAAAUGCGCGGGAAAGAAACAGAGUGCGACAAGUUAACGACGGAUUUGCCGCCCUGCGCCGACACAUACCAGACGAAGUUGCGGCGGCUUUUGAAAAUGCUAAUUCCAAUCGUGGACCUAAUAAAAAACUGAGCAAAGUUGAAACCUUACGUAUGGCCGUGGAAUAUAUACGAAACCUAGAAAGUUUACUGAACAUUGGACAUGAUAAAGAAAAUAUGUCUAGGCCGUCAAUGGAAUCUUUCCCAUCUCCGGCCUCUUCGUCACCUCGAGAAAACAGUCAAGAAAGAAGUUAUUUCUCCUUGAACUCGCCAGCAAUUGACGAUGACGAUAUUGAUGAGGACGAUUUGGAUGGCUCACUUCAAUUACACCAACAUUCUUAUAUGGAAAUGCCAUCGUCAGAACAAUUUCACCUUGUUGCUACGCCCCAAUUGUACGAUGAAGAAGAAUGUGUUGGUCAACCAUUGACUCCAUCUUCAGAUCUCUUGGGACAUGAAGAAGGAAAUGCGCCUAUCAUAGAUAGUCAUUUCCCCUUUCCAAAUUCAGCGGAACAGUUUUCAGUUAUACCAGAACAGAAUUACUGCAGUGAAACAGAAGUAGCAUUACAUGACAGUGAUUUCGAAGUCAAAUACGCACAAUCAAUGCAUCAGCAAAUGCAACCAGAUUUUGAAAACGAGACUGAAUUGCCACUAGAAGCCAUAAAUCCAGAUUUAAUUCUAUCACAAAACCAAUAUAAAUUUAAAGAAGAAGACCAUGCGUUUCUGGAAAAUCAACCAUACAAUGAAGUUGAGCUUAAGAAAGAGCUUCCAGAAAUUCAAGUAACACCCGAAGAUAGAGAACAGUUUGAAGAAACAUUAAAAUGGUGGCAAGAGAAAACCAGACAAAGCCGUCCUAUGUCUAAAACUAAGAACUAGCUUAAAUAAUAAUAUAAAGUAACGUAAUUUAUCUUGUAUAGAAAUAGCGUGUAAUAAAACGUAACAUACAGCUGUUCCCAAAGCAAUGUAUGGAGCGGGCGCAAGGUGUGUUGUAACGGUCACUCCGUGUAAUAAAGCCUUAGCGCUCCUGGCAGUUAGUUCUAAAUACAUUCUAAUUGUUAUAUUACAUUUUUAGAGAUACCUUAUAAACAACACUACAUUAGAUAUUAAAUAUAAGAUUCAGAUAAUGAAUUUAUAGAUUUUUUAUCAUAGUAUAGUUGAUUUUUGUAAAAUAUUGAUAAUGUAUCUUAAUUUAUAAUUUGAAAUUGUGUCGAAAACAUUUCGAUUAG